AUGCUGCUUGCGAAUCGGUUUGGCCGGGCCACGAUUAUCGCUGGGGGCACCCUUCUGAUAUCGUUGCUCUUGGUGAUACUGGCACAGAGCGCCGACCUGAGAUCACAUCUCCCUAGCUCCACGUCAAUAUGGCCGGCUAAGGAGUGCUCUGCGUCGUCUUUGGGCGAGAGCAGGAGAAACAUUUCUUAUGAUCUAACGACGCCGCCUUCGGUCGGAUGUGAGGAUAUUGUCAAUGAUCUCCAACAACGACUCAUCCAAUCAUAUACGCAGAGUCUAAAGGGUGUUCGAUAUGCAAACAUCUGGGGCUAUCUGGAAACAGAGAACAAGGGCGAUGCCGCCAUUUGGUCCGCCCAGCAGAUUCUCAUGAGCAUGCUCGGUAUUGAGAUGAUGGAGGCAUGUCGGUUCGUUGAUCGAGACUGCGACAUCGGAAAAUUUCGCAAAGUCCUUGAAGAGCACCGCCCUCAUUCGGCCAUCAUCAUGGCAGGUGGCGGCAACUUCAACGACUACUACUGGGAGGACCAGCCUUCGCGUAUGAAGAUGAUUGAGACCUUUACCAACGUUUCUAUCCGAGCGUUCCCCCAGAGCGUUUACAUGACGAACCCGGAGCGUAUCAAGGCGACCGAAGAGGCUUUUGGGAAACACAAGGAUCUGCAGCUUGCCGCACGCGAUCAGCCCAGCUACGACUGGCUCGACAAGACGUUUGGCAAGAAGGAGGGAAUCGACAGCCAUCUCGUGCCAGACAUUGCAUUCAUGUGGGGGAACCGAUCCGACUUCCGAGUCAAUGGGAAAAAGACACACGAUAUUCUCAUCCUCGCUCGAAAAGAUGCGGAGAUUUCCGACGGUGACUCGUCCGAUAUCGAGUUUGGCGAAGGCGAAAUGGACCUCGGCGGCAGCAUCGGCAAGGUCACCUACCAGAAAGUCGACUGGAAAUUCACCCACACGCCGGACAUCGACCCGCCAAAGGCCCGUGAUGAAGCCAACGGCACACCGGCACCCAAGCGAGAGAAUGGCAAAAACCAGCGUGCCUGGGCCAAGGCCAUUGCUGGAUUCGAACUGCUGGGAUCUGCUCGCUUCGUCAUCACCGACCGUCUUCACGGCCACAUUCUGUCCACACUUAUCGGAGUCCCCCAUGUUCUCAUGGACAGCAAGCUGGGCAAGAACCUCAACUUCCACAACACUUGGACACGCGACUGCGAAUGCACAAGGAUUGCCUUUUCCAUCCAAGAGGCACUAGACGUCGCACGCUUGUAUUUCGAGAAGGAGAAGAUUGAACAGCAUUAG